AUGGAUUUCUAUUCCAUCCCCUUCAUUCGUGGUGCUUCUCCCUACGUCUCUCCAUACUCUAGUAGCUCCAACAGCUCCAACAGCUCCAACAGCUCCAACAGCUCCUCGACUAGCGAUUCGCUUAGUCUCCUCAAUGGACCAAAGAGACCCGUCAAACAUCCCAAUCAGUUCCCCACCGACGAGAGUCUGCAGUGGUCAUCAGAAUCAUCAACAUUAUUCCACUUUUCUACUGCGGAUACACAUUUGAUGCAACAUCUCCCCCACCUCCACUUCCUCCUCGGCCUCCUCUCGCCCCUCCCCGACUUCGGCCUCAUUGACCACAAACUCCCCGCGUUCCGAGCACAUGUCGCAACCCACUUCUCCACCGCUCGCACCCAGGAAGAAGACCAUUACCACCCUCUGCUUGCCAUCCAGCCCGAGCCGGAAUUAAGAAUGGUCUUCAGAAUCUUUGAUGCGCGCUACAAUUAUAAGUUUCCCCGUCGCGCAGCCUGUCUUAUCUACCCUGAUGAUUGUAAGCAUCAGCCUACUGGAGAAAUGGCCAGUGAGGGGGGUGUGGAUGGGGAUAGCGGGGAUUCUGCGCUGGUUUACAGACAGGGAUGGGGUAUGCAGCCAAAGUAUAUUGUCACUGCUUCUUAUGCAGGGGAUGUGGGAGUACAAUAUCCAGUGUAUCAUUUUUGA